GCGUGAACUGUGCGUCCUGAGCUUCUUAAGUCCCUGCGAUUCAACCUCCUUGCUGCGAUUGGUGAACUACUCGGUGUCCUUUGGGGCUUGAUCAGUUUGAUGAUGACUUUUCUCGUAAUCGCUUCUCUCGCGCGGGUGUUAUGAUAACAGUAAAAUCCGGCGCGGCAAUCCUUUUAAAACACCUCAAAUAUGGACCAGCAGUCCUCCUCUGCAAGUGCCACGGUCGCUGUAGCCCUACUCGCACCACGCGCGCUGACGCGCAAAAAGCCGCAACUGAGAGCAGCCCGAACACCAGCAGUCGGACGUCCCAAAAAAACCUUCACUCCGCGGCGACAGCCCAUGACGAGGCGACGGAAAGUCGGGUGUUCGAGCUCGUCAAGUGCUUGCAGAUCUCUGAAGCUCUGUCGGUGACAAUCAAAUCCUUUAAGGAGAGCGACAAGAACAUCCCGACAUGCCGAACUAUCAACGCCUUGAUUGCAGCGCUCGCGCGAGUAGGGGACGUGCCUGGCGUCGAACGGGCGAGCUCGCUGGCCAAGCGGGCCUACCCGGAUUUCUGGGCCGAACAGAUCGCCUUCGAGCACUACCGCGCCGAGGCUCUGUACCGCGCCGGCAGAACCGAGGACUCCGUCGACGAGUUCGAGGCGCUCUUCGUCAAGCACCCUCGUCAACGGGACAAGAUCAGCAACCUCGUGUCCUUUUUCGCCAUCUACCUCUUGUCGGAGAAUCGGGAAUCCGAAGUGGACCUCUUGGUUCGGAUGUGCGUGCGUCUGGCAAACAAAGGUUACUACCACCCCUUGGCUAACGUGUGGAAGGCCCUGUUCUUGAGCGAGAACAAGAGGUACCACGUGACCGCUUGGACCCUGGUAGAGGUGGUCAAGGGACGGUGCAACGCGAAGGAGUUCUUCGAGAAGAAAGUGAGUCGCGUUCUCGUGACCGCGGUGGAGACGGACGACAUUGACGUCAUACACCGGCUCCUGGACGUUGUGCUUCACCUUGAGAUCGAGACCUGCUAUGGCACUGUCCUCAGCUUCCUGCUAGAGUUCUACUGUGAUGGCAACGACUUGGACAACGUCCAGAGGACCUUCGCACACGCCCAGGAACGCAGAGUGGAGCUGAAUCCCGUGACCUUCUACCGCUACACCUGCUUCCUCAGUUCCCACGGCAUCCAAAUCCCACGCGAAGUCCUCCUUGCAAAAUACAAGAUGGACCAACGGCAGAGUAGCAAGGGUAGCGGCAUCAAGUUCAAGUUCUGAAGACCCGACACUACAGCUGGCUUGCUCAAAAUGAACGGAGGCAAAAUAUCGAACACAAUCACACAAGCAGAGCAGCAUGCAGAGAAUGUGAUCUCAGUGUGCUAGCACACUGCACUCAGUUUCACCUUACGAUGAACCAUAGAGGCGCUACAAGUCAUUGCAGCAUGUUCAGGGCUGUUCAAGUGUUGCACAAGUUUUGGGAGGCGGUACAAUGGUGCCACACGAUGGGUUUACUUUGUAGCACUGGGUCAGCUAAAAUGGCUCGUAGUCUGCUGUUGUGGACCAUUGCAAGGUGAAACGGCCUUUGUAAUGCUCUCUCACAAGUGGUUCAGGCUAGAUUCUUUAAGAGUUCAUUUUAACGGGCCAACAGUUUGGAGUCUCUGUGGUCUUCAGCUUUUGCGCACUACAGGAAAUGAAGUGAAACUUCUGCUGGAGGUGUGUUUUGCUUGUGGCAACAGUGUAUUAUAGUUACUGAAUGAAUUAAACUAGAAGAGGAAGCUAU